GAACUCUCAGGAGGGGCCAUGGGGACCCUACCGCUUCUCCUGCUGCUCUCGGGAGCCCUAGCCUUGACUGAGACCUGGGCGGGUACGCACACCCUGAAAGUUUCAGCACCGUGGUGUACGGUCUGGGCGGCGGGAAGUCCCGGUACAUCGGCGCCAGCUACGUGGACGACAUGGAGGUCGCGCAGUUCGACAGCGAUGCCCCGAACCCGAGGCUGGAGCCACAGGCACCGUGGAUGGAGGAGAGGCCGGACUAUUGGAACGAGGGGACAGGGUUUUGCCUGCGCGAAGCACAGAUUAACCAAGCGAACCUGAACAAGCUGCAUGCCAACUACAACCAGAGCGAGGACGGACGGCGCCGACUACCUCGCCCUGAACAAGGACCUGAGAUCCUGGACCACGGUGGACACCGCGGCCCCAUAACCUGGCGAAAGUUGGUGCAGGACCUUGAUGCGGGACAGAAGAGGUUCUAUCUGGAGAGAAUCUGCGUGUGCUGGCUAAACCAGCUCUUGGAGAAGGGGAAGGAGACGCUGCUCAGAGCAGACAUCACCCUGACCUGGCAGCGUGAUGGGGAGGAUAUGACCCAGGACAUGGAGUUGGUGGAGACCAGGCCUGCGGGGGAUGGAACCUUCCAGAAGUGGGUGGCUGUGGACCUGCCCCCUGGAGAGAAGCAGAGAUACACAUGUCAUGUGCAGCACCAGGGGCUGCCUGAGCCCCUGACCCUGAGAUGGGACCACCAUCACCAUCGUGGGCAUCAGUGCUUCCCUGAGUCUCCUUGGAGCUGUGGUCACUGGAGCUGUGCUGUGGAGGAAGAAGUGCUCAGGAGUCUCCCCAAGCUUCCAGGCCCCCCUCUUGUAGACCUCAGGAAUGUCUGCAUGGGAUUCAGAGAGCUGACCAAUCAGAAGGACCAACUGUUUGCCUUAGAAAUUCCAUUCCUGAAAAUCUUGGCUGAACUCUAUGGACAAAUCCUCCCAUGGAAAACAGCUAAACAUGCCAUGUGUAAUAAAAAAAAACAACUUCUUAAAAGCAACAGAGCAUUAAGGAGAUACAAAUGACCACGCCCCAGAAGAAGGGAAAGACCCGGCUUGGCCUCCACAGAGGGCAGCGCCCUGAGUGAGCAGUGGAGGAAGGUGUGCAAGUUCAUUGUCCAGAGCCCAGACAUGCAGCCCAGCAAUGUCAGCCCUGUGCUGAGCUCUUCACUUUCCUCCUCAUCUGCCUUCCCUUUUAUACAUGUCAACAAUGCUUUCUAAAUUAAUUAUGUGUGUAGAGAUAAUAUGC